AUGGGUAGUACUCAGUACUCAGCUCACACAGUCUUACCAUUACUGUGGGAAAAUGUCGUUAACACCUCCCUUCUAAAGAGCAAAGCACUGGGGGACGACCUGUCCCUUUCAGAGGGAAGGACAUCACGGAGGAGAUGCUAUCCACCAAGACUGCAGCACCAAAACAUCGUGAGUCUCCUCACCACCAUCAGCUACCAGGGCCGCCUGGGUCUGGUGCUGGAGUUCUGUGAGAGCGGCUCCUUAGAACUGCUCAAGGCUCACGGCGCCUGGUUCCUCCCCGAGUCCGUGGCGCGCCGUUACACCCUCCAACCUGCACGCUGCUCUGGAGUUCGUCCCACCUGUCAGGUUUAUAGCAGCUUACAUCAGUCAGCAAGUACUAUAGUGUGCGUGUGUGUGGGUGGAUGCUUGAUCCAGCCUCCAGAACUACUGCUGAAAAGUGCCUAUGACCCUCGAAUUGGUGACCUUUGGGGACUGGGAUCUGUUCUGUAGCCAUGACAGUAGGUCGUCUUCCCUACGCCGAAUAAAGAUGAGCAGGAGGCGCGCGCUCUCCGUCUCCUGCAGUUUCCUGAGCCUCACGUGCUGGUCCUCACCCAGGAGCUCAAGGACCUGCUCAAAGGCAUGCUUGCCUACGUCCCGUCCGCCAGGUUCACACUUAACCGGCUGAAAAACAGCGCGUGGAUGGAGGCGUUGCAGACGGAGGCUCCCAAGGUGCAGCUGGGCAACUUCUACCUCGUCAGGCAGCCACAGAAGAUUUGCGGCGGCGACCGCGAGCGGCAGCUGAAGGCGGAAUACGGAAUCUGACUUCUGCCGCGCGGCUGGUGGUGUUGACGCCGUGAAGUGAGUCACGUGACUGGAUUUCGUUGCGGAGAUUCAGUUUGGGAAAUGUGAAACUUUAGAUAUUUUAUCCUGCAAUCCGUUAACGGCACUAGUUCAAUCACUGAGGUAGAGAGAUGGAAAAAACGUGCAAUCACUCGAGAAAGCUGCACAGCUUAGUUUACAGAAACGCUCGAAAAGAUGAUCAUGAAAUUAGGUGACCGUAUGCAAUAUCUUUCAUUUGGUAAGCACUUUUAUUUACUCGUUGUUUUCCUUGUGACGGCGGCGCCACCAGUCCUGCAUGCCUGUGUCCUUGAGCUCGGAGAACUCGUCUCGGCUGUCACCAGCCCCGGAUUACAGCAAAAUCUUCCCCAACAUUUCCAUCAACGCCGACAUGGUCAGGCACCCCAGACGAGCGAGUUAAUCAAACUUUGUACAAUUUUUUUUUCAUCAUAAUUCAUCCCCAUACACAUUAAGCUCAGAAUUUACUCUACCCCUAUUUUCACCAGCUGGCUGGUACUUAGACAUUUUUCCAAGAUAAACGCUCUCCUGACAAAAAGAAACACACUCGGAUAAUUAAUGAGAUUCACAGAACAUCUGGCUUACGAAGUCUACCACAACACAGGAAAGAAGAGCUUUUUAUGGGAUAAACAUUUUACUGUUGUAAGUAACUUACAGCAGAACGAUUUACAGUUAUAUGUCUGAAGUCUUCCAAGCGUACCAAACGUUCUCAGUGCCAUCGUACUGAGUAGAUUAGAGUGUGAAGAUGUGAGCAUCAUCACUCAUCGGCACUGUCAUCUUAUCUUUGACUUCUCAAUCAAGGCGAUAACCUAUUACUCUCAUGGAAACGAGCAAUACCCACCAGCGUUAGUCCGAAGUCUACCCAGCUAUUCACGAAGGAGACUGUCUGAUGCUGUUGAUUCUUUGUUCUCAGAGGAGGAGACACCCACCGAAUGUGCAAUGUUUAGUCCAUAGCUACCCGUCUUUCUUUGACGAGAAAUCACGUGCAAUAUUUUUUCAGUUCUGAUGAAACUUUGAUAAUGCAUCUUUGUUAUCUUUUUAGUCCACAUUUCAGGGAUUUGUGUUCUUCUCUAUUCAUAUUGGACUAAGGGAUUGCAACAUCAAGAAAUUAUGGCCGGCAAAAUAACAGAGGGAGCAAGUGAAGGAGAGAAACGACGAGGAAGGAGAGAGUGUGUGUGUGUGUGAGAGAGAGAGAGGGGUCAAGGCUAGAAAACUAAUAUGGUCAAAGGGUAAAAAGCACAUUGUGUAAAAGUAUUUAGCUGUCAUCGUAUUAUAACACAUCAAAGAGCAAUAAUUUGUUAAACCGGAAUCCGUUUUGGAAAGAAAUUAUUUAGAACAGGUCCGCUCUCUUUAAAGUUGUUGAUGAGAUAAAGUUGCAGUUUCUUACACAAAGCUGAUUACAGCGGCUUAAGAAAGAAACAAUUAAUUUGAACUGUUUCGGUCCAUUAACUCCUGCAUAUAACAGGACCGGUGAGCAAACUAAUAAUGUUGCAGUAUUUCUUGUCUGAGCAGGUCUGAUGCUCUCUUGUUUCUUACUCUCAGAAAGCAGUUUGAAAGUGCCUAGCAAAACUUCAUCUGAGAUGUCAGUUUGAAGAUACACUCAAGCAUGACCCACAGAACUCAAUCUUGGUUGAAUGGCCACAUUGUCCAGUGUCCUUUAAACUAACUGUGAUAGUGUGUCUGUAUUUAUGAGGAUCCAUUUUUGUUUUCCCGAGAGAGGAAACGUCCUUUGACGUCUUAGAUGGCUUUGAUCUUUCUUUUAUUUGACAUUUUAUUGUCAGUUGAGAAUUGCUGGCGAGGGUAGGAUUGUGAGACCCUUCCGCACACCAUUAGAGUAGAAACUGUAGCCACAAGGUACAGCAAUAGAACAACGACCCACCCAUCGUCCAUCUUGAGAAUGAUGGGGGAGGUCUGUCGCACUUCUUUACACGAUUCAUAAAAUGUUUUGAUGUAGCUUUUCGGAAGUGCAGAGGUUUUAUGUAUCACAGCAUUUUUCUAAGAUAGGAUCAAAACAAAAUGACAGCAGCAUUGAUUUUAAGGAAGAAAUUGUGUUUUUAAUAUCUUGAAAGUGAAAGAGGAGACUGAUAUGCUCCUUCGUUGAAACGAGAGCAGAAUACAGAAAAACUGUUACAAGAUCCGCAGCGAAUUUCUCUCAAAUUUGUGACGAUAUCUUCAUCACGAAAAGCUACAUUCUUAAAUGUAUAUCUAGGUCUGCAGCUAUUCUGUCAGAGAAAUAGUAAAUGAAUGAGCUUUCUCUGCCGCUUGAUAACAAUAAAGGUUCAUUAACAGUU